GGGGAGGUUGGCGUUGUUGUAUUCAAAGGAAGAGAAUUUUCGUGCAGUUGCUCUAGUGCGCAAUGUGCUGAGUGCUCGGAGGGUAAUGGUUGUGUUUGCGCUGGGCUAUGCGAUUGGGGAGUUGAUGAUGAGGUUGUUGAGGAGAGGA